ACUUGAUAUCUAUAUAAAAGAUUCUAACACCGGCUGCAGAUUAUAACUAAUCUACAAUGGCUCUCCUUAAGAUACUACUCAUUCUGUCUAUGACAGGAGCAUUAAUUGCUACAACUUUUGCUGAUACCCAAAAAGAGAUGGAUAGUAUUAGCCUGGGCAGCUCAGGAGGUCGUUCUGCUUCUGGUAGCAAUAUAAAUAGCAAAUCUUCUAAUAAACAAAUAGACUCAGAUGGCUCUAGCUUCAGUGAAGGAAGAUCUACUGGUCAAAUCGGAUUUGGUGGUCAAGGUCGUUAUAGUAGCAGUUCUAGCCUCGGAAACAGUAACGGUAAGGGUGGUCAAAGUGGGUACAGUGGCAGUUCUAACUCUAGAGACAAUAACGGUCAGCGUGGUCAAAGUGGUUACAGUGGCAGUUCUAACUCUAGAGACAAUAACGGUCAGCGUGGUCAAAGUGGACAAGGAUCUGGAACACAAGUUGAAUCUGAAGAAAAUCGUGGUCAAAUUAGCCGUGGAGGACUAAGCGCGCCUAGUAGUAUUGGUGGUUAUCAUGACCAAAGCAGCUCUGGACAGCAAAAUGGUGGCAGUUUGGGUCAACGUGGUAGUAGUCAGACUGGCGUAUCAGCAUUAGGAAGUCAAGAAUCCGGUAGUAGAAAUCAGGGCACUAGGAGUCAAGGAGGAUAUGGUAGUGGUUCGGAUAAACAGAUUAAUGAACAAAGUAAAAUUAAUAGUCAAGGUUCAUCGAGCAGUGGAAGUGGUAACUUUGCUGGACAAGAGAGAGGUCAGGGGCGCUCUGGAGGUGGUUAUGGUAGUUACGGUGCAAGUAGGCGUUAAUCCUAUAAAAAACAUCUAAGAACGUUUUAUUAUUUAAUGGUACAUUAUCUUCAAAAACACGAUGCGUCACCAUAUCGAACUAUCAAAGACAACGAGUCUCUACCACGCACAAUAUUGAAUAGCUAACGACCAUAUAUGAUAUUGGUGUUACUCCGCUUAAUUCAAGAUACAUCAUUUUAGUCGUUGUCGUUUGAUAGUAAAAAAAAAACACUGCGUAAAAGUAUUACGAUGAUUAUUUUGUUUAUAUUUUUAUUUUUCGUGUCGAUAGUUUUUAAUAUACUGUACAUGAAAAACGUUCUUAUUGACACCUGGCACAUUGACAUUACAAAUUAAAAUUAUUAUUUAUAUUCUGUGUAUCUAUUUAUUAUUCGACAUCACGAAUUAAAUACAUUACUAAGUUAUAGACACAAAGGUAUAAUAAUUUUUGUAUGGAAGAGUUCUUAUAACAUUAAAUAUACAUAUUGCAUAUACAUAA